AUGUCGGGGUGUCUACAAACGGGACAGGACCGCGACCAGCCCUCGGAAGACCCCCGGCGAAGCGUCGGUUGGAGCUGGAGGAGAGGGACCAGUACACCACUGAGCCAAUCAGUGAGCCCAGAGCUAAGAGAGCCACCACUACACUCCCUCAGAAGAACCCAGACUCCUCCCUCCCCAUUAGAGAAGACCAGGUAUGACACAUCUCUAUGCCUCCUGACCCAGAAGUUUGUCCAGCUGCUGGCCCAGUCCAGUGACGGGGUGGUGGACUUGAACCGGGCCGCGGAGUCCCUCAAGGUGCAGAAGAGACGCCUCUAUGACAUCACUAACGUCCUGGAGGGGGUCCAUCUCAUCAAGAAGUCCUCCAAGAACAACAUCCAGUGGCUGGGCUGUAGCCUGUCUCCAGAAGGAGUGGCCAGUGUCCAGACCCCUGGCUCUGUGGGUAAACAACUGCUAGAGUUGACCCAGGAGGAGAGGAGACUGGACGAACUCAUACACACCUGCACACUCAUCGUCCAACAGAUGACUGAAGACACACCCACAAGGAGGUUUGCGUACAUAUCGUAUGAUGAUGUGAAAAGGAUUCCUAGUCUGAAUGACCAGACGGUCAUCAUGGUCAAAGCCCCUGCUGAAACCAGGCUGGAGGUGCCAGACCCUGCAGAGAGUCUCCAGGUCCACUUGAGCAGCACCCAGGGUCCAAUAGAAGUCUUCCUGUGCUCCGAUGAUCACGCCCCUUCCUCCCCACUGAAAAACAACUCUGCGCCGAACGAACAUGCACAUCAGUCUUCAUCUUCGUCCUAUGCCAGUGGAAACUCCACAUCCUUCCUCAAGGUGUCACAAGAGGGUAAUAACUACACCGGUACUGGUUUCUCCAACGCCCUGUCCAGCCUCCCAGCAUGCUCUGCGGUGACAGUUACUCCUGUCUCCCCCCUGCCCUCCUCCCUCCUCCCCCUCCAGGAUGUUGACCUGGAGCCCUUCAUCCCCCUGUCUCUCGUGGGGGAUGACUACCUGCUUAGCCUGGGCGAAGACGAAGGCAUCAGUGACCUGUUCUCCUACGAUCUGGACCGGCUUCCAUUAGACAACCUGCUCUGUAAUUGAAUGAAAUGUAAUCUCAGCGGCCAUUUUGGGGAAUUUUAGUUUGGCCAUUUUGUAGCCAGAUUCAUGGUCCCAAUGUGGUUGUUUCCACUUAUAAAGGACUGAUUCAGAGCCCAGUGGGCUCUAUGGAAUGCAGCACAGCGGCCAUUUUGGAGCAAGGCUUUUUUUUCUUGACCUUGUGGACUGGACUGCUCAUAGAGGACCUGCUGUGUAAUUGACCCCUGGCCAGCGACGAGGGUAUAGAGCUGAUCAAAGGAAGUAAGUUUCAGUUCAGACUCACUGUAGUGGUGAAUUCUGUGGCUGAAAGAAUGGACAAAGCCUGUCUUUCUGGUUUUGCACUGACAGGCAAACCAACAUCCUAAACAAUCACUCAUUCUCCAUAGCAGACUGUUAUCUAAAUGAACUGUUCUCAUUUGAAAGCAGAAGUUGUCCCUAACAGAGAUGAGUUAUGGACGUUAACCCAUGAACACAGAUUCUUACCCAUAUCUACCGUUGUGUGACUUGUGAACUUGUGUUUUAUAAUGUGAGCCGAUGAUCGGUCCUGGUUCUCAGCUCACCAGAGUAGAGCAGACCCGGUAUCUACGUCCCAAGAUGGUGAUCUCUGCCUGGGCAUCAAUAAAAUAAAAAAAUUGCAAGAGGUACCUGGUCUUCCACAUGGAGCCAUCUGACACAAUACUGGAAGAGACUGACUGGUAGUGUUCAGAUAACCAGAGUAUGUACUGAAAGAUGGGCCUUCUCCUGAUACAACAGUUUGCUACACAAUUGGUGUAUGUUUUGUUUGUUGUUUAGAAGAGGAAGUGAAUAUUGCUCCUGUUGCCGUGUGGGACAUCCACUACAUGUCCUUCUCCUGCUGUCGACGAACUUCUUUAAUAUCCAGGGAUGAGCAAUGUGCCUCCACACACACACACACCACCAUGCAAGAGUCACGUAGACAAGCCCCCAUUUUGUUUUAGCCAUGCUAGCUAGCAUGCUAGCAGCCAUGCUAGCAGCCAAGCCAUGCUAGCAGCCAAGCCAUGCUAGCAGCCAAGAAUAAUUGAAUAACUAACGUAUUAACCAACUCAGUCAAUUCUCAGGGCUCCCAAAUUACUUUCUACUUGAAAUAUAAUUUUAUUACUUAAUUAAAAUGUACAAAUGAAUUGUAAUGAAUUUUUUUUUGUGCCAGAUAUUAUAAUAAGGUAGGCUGUUUUUAUUUUUUAAACUUACACCCAAUCAUUAACCCAUUGAUAAAAUGGAUAUCAAUUUUUAAAAAUUUACCCUUCGAUUAGUAUAGACAUGUGACUAGGGUAGCCUAGGGGUUAGAGCGUUGGACUGGUAACGAAAAGUUGCAAGUUCAAAUCCCCGAGCUGACAAGGUACAAAUCUGUUGUUCUGCCCCUGAACAGGCAGUUA